AUUCUAAUGUAACACUACUUUUACUUUUGCAGAUCUUACACACCCCUGACGGAAGACUUCUUCGGACUCUCGCGCUAAUUUCACCGACCCAGGUGUUGUAUAAGGCAUUCAUCUUGUGAUGACGUCUUCAUAAUGCACGCGGGAGUCUCAUUUUCAACGCGAGGUGAGGUCAUGUUGAGCUCCAAGCUGCUGACGCUGGUUCUGGUGGUCCAGCCGAGCAGAGUGCUGCUGGGCAUGAAGAAGAGGGGCUUCGGGGCUGGAAAGUGGAACGGGUUCGGGGGAAAAGUUCAACCUGGGGAAGGCAUUGAAAAUGCUGCUAGGAGGGAACUUGAAGAGGAAAGUGGCCUCACUGUGGAUACGCUGGAGAAGAUUGGGAAUAUCAAAUUUGAGUUUGUUGGAGAAACACAACUUCUAGACGUCCACAUCUUUAGAGCUGAUGCUUUUAACGGGGAACCAACGGAGUCGGAGGAAAUGAGGCCUCAGUGGUUCGACCAUGAUAAAAUCCCUUUCAGUCAGAUGUGGGCUGACGACAUCCUGUGGUUCCCUCUGAUGUUUCAGAAGAAGAAAUUUCUGGGAUACUUCAAGUUUCAGGGCCACGACGUGAUCCUCAGCCACACGCUGGAGGAGGUGCAGGAGCUCUGAUGAGAAGGAACUGUGCCGUCUGGGCCUUUAAAACAUACAUUCACACGGUUAUUGUUUGUCAAAGAGAAGGGGAAGCUUUUGUCCACUCAAAACGGUUUCUGUGCUGUAUGAGUAGCAUGACCUGAAUGGCUGUGUUUCAAUCUUUAGAGUCCUCUAGUUUUCCAGGAAUUAUUAUACGAAUCAAAGCAACAACAAAUAAGUCAGCUUUGUUCGUUUUAUUAUCUGAUUCAACACAGUACAACAAAAGAUUCAUCUGAAUAUUUACAAUAUCAACAGGUUUACAAGCUUUUGUUCAUCAGAACACAUUUCAUUCUGUAUAUGUGCAGGAUCCAUUUCUCCAUAAAAAUAAAACUUCAAAGUGUG